AUGCAUUAUUCAUUAAACCAGGCAGUGGUCCAUCUAGUAGACUCUCACAAAAUCAUCAGUCCACGCAUCGCUGUUCUACGCUUGCUGACCAAAGAUCAAGGAGCCAUAUCCAUUAUCAAUGGAUAUGCACCCACCUCCACCGCCACUGACGAAGAACGCGAAGAAUUUUACCAGCUUCUGGAAGAUACGAUUCAGAAUGAGAGAACUUACUACAAGUUAUGUGGUUGGUACCUUCAAUCCAUUAUAGGCCACCCGAACACAACCGCGAUUGCGACUCCGGCUCGCAUGGAACGACAAAACCCGGCGUCGAAGCGGAGAACGGAGAAAGCGCUGCCUUCGGAAUUGCCUGAUCUGCAUGUCGCCUUUAUCAUGAAACUCUAUUUUCGAAGAAGGCCUAUGACGCCGAUUUGGACCUGCGAAAAGGGUACGGCAGGGGACACGAUAUCCCCGAAGUUAACGGCAGCACUACAGUAUGCGAUGUCAAAUCUAAACUGGGAUGACAAAGGAUACUUGAUUGACGGGAAAAGGAUAAGCAACCUCCGUUUUGCAGAUGAUAUCGUUCUGAUAUCCGAUAACACAGUCGAAAUGGAAGAGAUGGUAAACGAGCUCGACAUGAUUGGUCAGAAGAUUGGCUUGGAAAUGAAUAUGUCCAAAACGAAAAUGAUGGUGAACCACUGGUGUGAUGCGGGAACCGUGAAAUCUGGCAGGGACGUCCUUGCUCUGAAAGAGUGGAUUCCUACGUGUAUCUGGGAAGAGAGCUAA